AUGUUUAAGAUGAAGCAAAAUGUAGUUCAGGCUUCUGAUAGGCACUCCUUGUCCCCAGGGAGUAUGCGAUUACCCUGCCCAGGAGCCAGGGGUUCUUCGCUGCCAAGGCCUGAGAAACCCUACCUAAGCAGUGAGGGGUGGCUGGGUAUCUUCUUGGGACUAUCCUGGUAUCUUCCUGACACAUCCCCAUUCUCCCAGGAGCUGAUCCUUGUCUUUGCAAGAGGUGGCCCGUACAGCCCAGUGCCCAGGAAGCAGUUCAACCUGCCACCAUCAGAAGAGGGCAGGCUUGCACUCCUGGCAGGAAUGGCAAGAGCCAAGCCUGGUUUUCAGCUUCCCGGUAUCCUGAGUCAGGCCAAGGUCUGUCUUGGAGGAGCAGGGCUAGAAGGGCCUGAACGUAACGGCACAGGUGGACCCCCAGGACAGGUGGAGCCAGCUGUCUCUGCUCUGCUGCUUGACCCAGAAGGCUUAAGAGCCCUGGAUGCUGAGCAUGAACUUGGAGAACACUGCCUUGGGUGUCCCAUCCAAUUUCCCUGGUUCUGGAAGAUAUUUCUGUACGCUGGAAGAUAUUUCUGUAAGCAGGAAGGUGUAGACACGUCCCCAGACAGCUCCUCUCUGGCGUGUGUCCCCAAGGUGGGGGGCAACUGGGACCUCUCCACGCAGAGGACACAAGCAUCAGCCAAGGGAUCGGCCAGCUUGGCCGCAGCGGCGCUGGCCCAAGUGCAGAAGGGGUUUAAGGACUUGAACCUGGCGGGUGCGGGGGAGGGCCGGCAGAACAAGGCCCGUCCCUAUAACUGCCUGCCCGGCGGGGCCUUCCAGAAGCCCAGCCAUCCACUGGGCCCCACACAGACGCCCGGCACCAGGCCUUAUGCGUGCAAGAAGCUGUGCGACAAGACUUACUCCCACCGGGGCACGCUCCAGCAGCACUAGCUCCUGCACACGGGCGAGCGGCCCUACCAGUGCCCCUUCUGCGACAAGGCCUACACCUGGUCCUCGGACCACCGCAAGCACAUCCGCACGCACACGGGCGAGAAACCCUACCCGUGCCCGGACUUCGGGAAGGCCUUCGUGCGCUCCUCUGACCCGCGCAAACACCAGCGCAACAUGCACAGCAACAAGCCCUUGCCUUGCGCCGAGGGCGGCCUGACCUUCAACAAGCCGCUCUCGCUGCUGUGCCACCAGCGCACGUCCCUGGGCGAGAAGCCUUUCUGCUGCCCCGCCCGCGACCGGGAGGUCGCCGUGGCCAGCCGGAUGAUGGAGCACCAGUGCGUGCACUCGGGCGAGCGGCCCUGCCCCUGCCCCACCGGCGGCAAGUGCUUCACCAAAUCCUCCAACCUGAUGGAGCACCAGACGCUGCACCCGGGCCAGCGGCCCUUCAAGUGCGCGGACUGCGGCGUGGCCUUCGAGCAGCCCUCGCGCCUCGCGCGCCACCCGCGCAUCCACACGGGCGAGAGGCCCUUUCCCUGCGCGCAGUGUGGCCAGGCCUUUACGCGCUCCUCCACCCUGAAGGGGCACCAGCAGAUCCACUCUGGGCAGAAGGGCUUCCUCUGCGCCGAGUGUGGCCGGGCCUUCCGCAUUGCCUCGGAGCUGGCCCCGUACAUUCGCGUGCACAACGGCGGCGAGAGGCCUUAACAGUGUGAGGACUUCGGCCAGGCCUUUACCCGCUCCAACCACCUCCAACGACACCGAGCCAAGCACCACAGCUGCAAGAAGGAGCCCAUCCCUUCCUGCGCUGAUGAAUGCAAAUACUGAGAAGGCAUUGGACCUGGACCUCUCUCUAAAGAAAGGUACUUUUCAGUUUUUACAUGAAUAAAGGAAUCCCCGAAGUGGUCUCUAUGAGGGACUCUUCCAAAGCAGCGAAGUGUACCUGGGAUAACUCAGACCGAGCCAGCUGGCUCACUUUCCUAAUGAAAUGACUACCCUGGGGAAUGUCUUUAUGAGCUUAGCUUGAAUUAGAGAAGGCCUUUAUCUUAAAGACAGGGGCGCUUAUGUCCUGUGUUAGAA